AUGGCAGAUGUAAUGCAAGAAUUGUGUGACUAUGAGAAGAGAAGACUAGAGAAUGUUGAAAAGAAUAUUGAACACAUGAAAACUUUAGUUUGUGACAACUGUGAGGAAUUUCAUCAUGGUGACUGUCCUGUUCAUGGACCCUUACUAACUCUAGAUCCUUCUAGUGGUCAUGAUGAAGCAUCUCUACAAUACACUACUGUAUUUGUUCCAUCUGAAUUAACUGUUAAACCUUCUAAGAUAGCCAAUGCUGGACUGGGUGUUUUUGCUACACAGUUUAUACCUCGUGGAGUUAGGUUUGGUCCUUAUGAAGGAAGGAGAGUGUUAAAAGAAGAGCUCACUAAAGGAGAAGAUACUAGCUACAUGUGGGAGUCAGAAUGGAGGUCUCUCCAAACUCAUCUUCGUAUACACACUGGUGAUAAACCUUACCAAUGUCAGUACUGUGGAAAAGGAUUUAAAAAAAGCUUUAAUCUCCAAACUCAUGUCCGUAUACACACUGGUGAUAAACCUUACCAAUGUCAGUACUGUGGAAAAAGAUUUAGUCUGAAUGGUAAUCUCCAAAAAAUCUUGAAGCAGCAAAAAGCACAGCAGAAGAAAUAUUACAAACCUGUAGAGGGGGAGGAGCCUUCAUUUGAGAGCCUUGAUCGCAAGUUAUCUAAUAAGUUUUUUGAAUUAUUUGGAGAUAAUAAUAAUGAAGAAUAUGAAGACUCUGAAGGAUUUGAUAUUGAAGAUGUUUUUAUACCUCGUGGAGUUAGGCUUGAAGGAAGGAGAGUGUUAAAAGAAGAGGUCACUAGAGGAGAAGAUACUAGCUACAUGUGGGAGUUGAUAAUGCAGUCAUCAUUGAGGGCUCAUCUUCGUAUACACACUAGUGAUAAUCCUUACCAAUGUCAGUACUGUGGAAAAGGAUUUAGUAAUAACAGUAAUCUUCAAACUCAUCUUCGUAUACACACUGGUGAUAAACCGUACCAAUGUCAGUACUGCAGAAAAAGAUUUAAUCAAAGCAGUAAUCUCAAAAAACAUCUUCAUAUACACACUGGUGAUAAACCUUACCAAUGUCAGUACUGUGGAAAAGGAUUUAGCCAGAACUGUAGUCUCCAAACUCAUCUUCAUAUACACACUUGUGAUAAACCUUAUCAAUGUCAGUACUGUGGAAAAAGAUUUGGUCAGAAUUAUAGUCUCCAAAGACAUCGUAUUCACACUGGUGACAAACCUUACCAAUGUCAGUACUGUCGAAAAGGAUAUAGAUUUAGUCAGAAUGGUGAUCUUCAAACUCAUGUUCAUAUACACACUGUUGAUAAACCUUACCAAUGUCACUACUGUGGAAAAGGAUUUAGUCAGAAUUUUAAUCUUCAAACUCAUCUUCGUAUACACACUGGUGAUAAACCUUACCAAUGUCAGUACUGUUUAAAAAGAUUUAAUCAAAGCAGUCAUCUCCAAACGCAUCUUCGUAUACACACUGGUGAUAAACCUUACCAAUGUCAGUACUGUGGAAAAGAAUUUAGUCAGAAUGGUAGUCUCCAAAAUCUUCGCAUACACACUGGUGAUAAACCUUACCAAUGUCACUACUGUGGAAAAGGAUUUAGUCAGAAUUUUAAUCUUCAAACUCAUCUUCGUAUACACACUGGUGAUAAACCUUACCAAUGUCAGUACUGUUUAAAAAGAUUUAAUCAAAGCAGUCCUCUCAAAACUCAUCUUCGUACUACUGGUGAUAAACCUUACCAAUGUCAACACUGUGGAAAAGAAUUUAGUCAGAAUAGUAGUCUCCAAAGUCAUCUUCGU